AUGUCUAGUCGUGGCAAAGAUGCUACGUACACGCUCUAUGAUCCCUCAGCCUCUUCUCAUAAUGCCUUAACAGGAAAGAGCCAACCUCUUGGGCUAUCUAGGCUUGACUCAAGCUUAUUACAUGAGCCUGUUGAUGCGCAUUUGCCUAUUGAUGUUGAUGUUGAUGUUAUUGCAUUGCAUGGCUUAAACGGAAAUGCAUUCACUACGUGGACAAAUAGGCAAAACCAAUUAUGGCUACGAGAAUUUCUGCCACGUUCGCUCCCCAAAUCAAGGAUUUAUACCUUCGGGUACGACUCUUCAAUAUUCAGUCAGUCAAAGGCCGGCAUUAGAGAUUAUGCCCUCAAAUUACUAUCAGAGCUGAGUUUAGUGCGACAGUCAGAAACGGAUCAACGACGCAGGAUCAGAUUCAUCUGCCACAGCCUUGGAGGGAUCGUCUGCAAAAACGCUUUAGUUCUUUCUCAUGAAAACUCGAUAUAUCUCAACAUACUACAGUCAACUAAAGCAAUUGUCUUUUUUGGUACUCCUCAUAGGGGAUCGGAGCAUGCCGACUUCGUAUCUGUACUCGCCGGUGUCAUAAAUGCCUUUGGAUAUGUAUCCAUGGCUCACCGUUUGUUUGGCAAAAUAAGAAAGGAUCUUAUACACCUGCUUCGUCCUCGCUCUAAAGAACUGAUAGAUAUUUCUACGUCGUUUACAGAACGAACUAAGGACCUUGAUAUCAUCUCGUUUUAUGAAGAGAAUGCAAUGCCACCCUUUAAAACUCAGAUUGUAGAGCGAAGUUCUGCUCGAAUUGGCGUUCCAAACGAGGACUUGAUUCCACUAUCCGACAAUCAUAGAGACAUGUGUCGUCUUGAUAAUGAACACACUUUCGCAUAUCGGAAAAUAGUUGAAGUUUGCCAAAGACAUGGAGCAGCGAGUUACAAGCAAGGCCAAUCUCGUCCUCUCGAUAUUCUGGAGCAGGAGUGCCUAAGUGCGCUUAAUAUGAUCGAUAUGAAAGAAUGCAGAGCUCAGCUCCGUCCACGGACACCUGGUUCUUGCGAAUGGAUCCUGUCGAAUAUGGCAUUCCGCAAAUGGAUAUCUGAUAAAAACUCAACCCUACUGCAUAUUACAGGAGGGAUGGGAACCGGAAAAUCUAUUCUUACUUCAUUUUUGGCCGACCGCAUUAAGCCACUCAUAGAAACAGCCAUGGCUCCAUGCGAUGUCACGAUGUGCUCGUUCUUCUGCGACGAUAAGGACAUUGGCCGAAAGAAUGGCAGGGAAAUACUUCGCAGCCUCCUAUACCAGAUCCUCCAGCAACGUCAUGAUUUGAUACAACAUGCAACUACAAGGUUUUCUCAGAUUCCGUCGAAUCAAUGGUCCCUCAAUGCUCUCUGGGAGACGCUCAGCGACAUCACACUCAACCCUAUGGCUGGCACCAUCGUCGUCAUUAUCGAUGCAAUCGAUGAAUGCGAGAUCGACUCUAGAGACAGGAUUUUGGCAAUGACAAGGAAGCUUUUAACUCAAGGGCUAAACCCAGAAAACAACUGCAUUAAAUUCUUAAUCUCAAGCAGACCUAGCGUCGACCUUACGGAAGAAAUCCAGCAAUAUUCAACGUCUAUCUCGCUUGACAAUGAAGACGGUAUCAAGAACAGAGAUAUUCCACUUGUGAUCCAACGCUUGAAGCACGGCCCACAGAACAAGAAAUUCUUGGAGCGAAUUGUCAACGAAAAUCCAAAGGACCUUGAUGGAAUGUACUGCUGCAUUCUUUCUGAUAUCGACAUUGAGUAUCAGACCCUCGCAUCAAAGGUUCUUCGGGUUUUGGUUACCUCAUUGAGGCCUUUGACGACGGCGGAGUUACAGUUGGCCCUAGCAAUCAGCCUAGACCAUCGGACAUUGAAAUUGGUAGAAGAAGACAGUGACAUGGCUAUCGAAAGAACAGUACGACUUGCCUUGGGGGCGUUCGUUGGGAUUUAUGAUUCGAAAGUCCAACUUACUCACCAAUCUGCCAAAGAGUUCCUGUUGCGACUUUCGACCGGUUCCGUAGCUAAUUUAGAGUCGAUUAAGUCCGACCUACGGAACAUAUAUGGUGUCAACCAACGUACAGCAAAUCUAGAACUUGCUACUGUCUGCAUUGCAUUUCUAGGACUCGAUGAGUUUAGCGAGACGCAUCUUAUCAAUGAGAACAUGUUAGCGUUCAAAGAACUUCCAGGGGCUACAGAGGACAUCCUGCGGUUCAAUGACAACUCGUCACAAGUGGACUCUAUAGAGUCAUCAGAGACUGCUCAAGUGCCUAGAUUUUUUGAGUAUUCGGCUCGCUACUGGACCUCGCACCUUUCAAUGUCAGGCGAAUCUAUACCAAAGAGUUUUAUAAUAUCGGCAAUUCGAUUUUUACAUCGUGGUACAAACUGCCUUGAAAAUUGGUCUAGUCAAUAUAGACUAUCAUCAGUUGAAUUCGCGGCACUACCAAAGGAUCUUGAUCCACUACUCGUGUCAGCUUUCUUUGGCCUCGCUCAUCUCACAAAUGAGAUUUUGGAAAACUAUUCGUCUCCCCUUCAAGACCCCAACAAGUCACUCGCACUAACUUGGGCUUGUCGAAUGGGCCACAUUGAUGCCGUUAAGGCAUUGCUUGAACAUGGGACUUCUCCAAGUGGCAAAUCGCUUGAAGGCGGCUCACCCUUAUCCUGGGUUUGUGCUGGUGGCCAUUUGGAGAUAGCAAGAGUGCUAUUACACAAAUCAAAUCGACCACAAGUUAACAGGGGGGACGAAAAUGGACGCACGCCGUUGUCAUGGGCGGUUGGGUCUAGUCACCUUCAAAUUGUUCAAUUACUACUUUCCAGAGAAGAUAUCGACGUUAGCAUCGCUGACUGGGCUGGAUCUCCGCCACUCUUUUGGGCAGUUGGAAGUAAACCGCAGGGGCAGGAUCUAGCGGUGCUAGAAGUCUUGGUCUCGGAACCUCGAGUCGAUAUAUCUCAGCGCGAUCGCAGUGGGCGGACCGUACUUUCUUGGGCGGCUGAAAUGGGUGCACUAGAAGCCGUCAGCAUUAUUAUACAGUCGCAACGCUCAGGUGUCCGAAUACUGCUCUCUGAUACUGGGGACUCUAAAGGUUGGUCGCCAUUAUCAUGGGCCGCAUUUAAUGGACACGAUAAGGAGAGGCCAAAAUGCAGUUUCAUUAGCAGUCAUGCCGAAAUUAUCAAGGUGUUGGCUAAAUACUACCCCGAAGGAAUCGACUGGCCUGAGGAAACUGGACGAACGCCUCUGUCCUGUGCCAUGUGGGGUAGCCCCGGCAAUGAAGAAACUGUCCGCACAUUGCUUCAAACACAGUUGGUUGACGUGAACCAGAAGGCUUUAAAUGGCCGAACGCCUUUAUCCUACGCUGUUUCUGCAGGAAGGGCAGACUUAGUUCGAAUCUUGGUUGAGGAAGGAGGAGCAGACCUCAGUAUCACAGACAACGAUGGGAGAAUCAUUCGGGAUAUGAACAUAGAUUGGCGCUCAUCUCAGGUGAAAGAAGAGAUCGACCGUUUGACAGGCUUAUAG